UUGCAAGGCAGAUGCUUAUGCCGCUGAGCUAAACCCCCAGCCCCCAACUUGUGAAGUUCUUAAGGAGAUUUUUAAAGGUAAUAUGUAGAGCACAGAGCGUGAGAUACUCAGGCCAUGGGUCUCACCCUGUUGCCUGACACACACACAGGGUCAGAAGACGGUAGUGAUAAAAACAUCUGUGGAGUCUGUUAGUUCUUUUUAUGGUGAGAUCACUGGUUCAUUUAAUCAUAUUUCAUCUCAGCUUUGGACCCUUCCCAGUAUAGAAGCUGCCCAGAAUUAGCUAGAAUUCACAGGAUUCCUGUCUUUUUCAAGACAGGAUUUCUGGUUUCCAGUUUCCCAAUUGCUCUGAAGACACAGAAGAUGUUGGGGACCAUGGAGAUUGGGGUGGAAAUGAAUAAGGAAGGGUUCAGAGACAGUGAGACUAAGGCCAGAGGCAAUCAGGUAAAGAAGGGAAGGAUUAGGUCACUCUUUGUUAGAAAAUUCAAACUGCUCCCUGAGAGGAGCACAAGAAGAGGCAAAAGGAUGAGUGGGAGAGGAUGGUGUCUUAAUGACUUUCCUCCCUGCGGAGACGUAAUACCCUACACCCACAAGUUAAGGUAGAGAUUGUAGAGAUUUCCCUCUGGGGUACACUGACUCCAAAGCAAGAUGGCAUGGCAGAGAGGCAUGGGAGAGGAGGAUUGGUUAAAACAUAGCAGACUGAAAACAGUCACGGAAGGAACUGGAGAAGGAGAUAAACCCUUCUAGGUCACACUUCCAGUGACCCACCUCUUCCUUCCAGACCCUCCCUCCUAGUAGCAAGUCAGCCAUAAGCCUUAUAAUCUAAUCACCUCUCAAAGGUCCCACCUAUGAUCACAUGAAGUUUAGGGGACAUCACGAUAUAAACCAUAACAGAUGAAUGUUUUGUCCUUGGACAGCUGCAACUGUUUACUCUUGUGGGCACUCGUGUCCCCUCUUCAGUAAGCCAUAUGAUCCAUAUGUGGUGGACGGGAACAAGGUAGACGCAGCAGCCGGGCUCACACAGGCCAGUUGAGCACAGGGUGAUGAGUGAUUCUGGGGUUCUGGGCCCUCUUUUGCCAGAGCUGCCCCAGCCUGGCUUCUAGUUUCACAGAGCUGAGCCAUCUAAGAACUGAAACUCACCCUGGUCUUUUCACAAUGGGGAACCCUAUGUGACAGGCGGAGAGAGGCCUGAGAGAUGCUGAGUGGGGGUGUCUGGUGGAAAAUUACAGACUGAAAGUCUCACCUCACACCCUUCACUGCUGGGACAUUCUCAAAGACAAAGAGGAAGCACAUGUACAGGGAAAUUUCCCUUUCUCCCACAACUUCCCCUGCCUCCGCCCAACUACAGCUGAAGAAGCACCUCUGUCUUCUAAAGAAAGGGCAGUGGGACAGUCCUACACCCAGUAUUGUGAUUUCGUACUUGGGACCAGUGCCCAAGACCGGCUGGCUUCUGGAGAAGCCCACGGGGCCCUGGCACAGGACCUACAUAAUCAUCACUGACAGCUACUGCCGGGCUGCUCUGGAUGUGUCCUUGCCAUGUGCCUCAGUGCGGAGAGGUGACAGGGCAUUCUUAGUGCUCUUCAGGACCAGACCCUCCCCAUCCCAGCUUAUGACCAGAGGACCCACGGUAAACGCCAGCAACUCACAGAAGAUCUAAGGCUGAGAGAGGAGGUGUGAUUCGCCUACAGUCACAGAGCAAGACUCAGCCCUAACACAUACUGUCUUGGCUUUGCCUCUCAAGCCAUCCCGUCCUACCCUGUGGGGCCUCACUGUCCGAGGCAGGGCUAUGGACAGGAAAGUGGCAGCCCACAAGGAUGCGGUCUCCUGGAUCCCUGAGGGAGGAGAAACGCUGGACCAGGAAAGCAAGGACCAGGUGAAGGAUCGGGGCCAAUGGACCAACAAGAUGGAGUUUGUGCUGUCAGUGGCCGGGGAGAUCAUUGGGCUGGGCAAUGUCUGGAGGUUUCCCUAUCUCUGCUACAAAAAUGGAGGUGGAGCCUUCUUCGUGCCCUACUUCAUCUUUUUCCUCAGCUGUGGCAUCCCAGUGUUCUUCUUGGAAGUGGCACUGGGCCAGUACACCAGCCAGGGGAGCGUCACGGCCUGGACGAAGAUCUGCCCCCUCUUCCAGGGCAUUGGUAUAGCAUCUGUGGUCAUCGAGUCCUUUUUGAACAUCUACUACAUCAUCAUCCUGGCCUGGGCACUCUUCUACCUGUUCAGCUCCUUCACCUCUGAACUUCCCUGGACAACUUGUACCAAUACCUGGAACACAGAGCAUUGUGUGGACUUUCUGAACCACUCGGGCGCCAGCACAGUGACCCACUCUGAGAACUUCACCUCGGCCGUCAUGGAAUUCUGGGAGAGACGUGUUCUGGGAAUCACCUCGGGCAUCCACGACCUGGGGGCCCUGCGGUGGGAGCUGGCCCUGUGCCUCCUGCUUGCCUGGAUCAUCUGCUACUUCUGCAUCUGGAAAGGGGUCAAGUCCACGGGCAAGGUUGUUUAUUUCACCGCCACAUUUCCCUACCUGAUGCUGAUCAUCCUGCUAAUCCGAGGUGUCACCCUCCCUGGGGCCUAUGAGGGCAUCAUCUACUACCUGAAGCCAGACCUCCUCCGCCUCAAGGACCCCCAGGUGUGGAUGGACGCGGGCACACAGAUCUUCUUCUCCUUCGCCAUCUGCCAGGGCUGCCUCACAGCCCUGGGCAGCUACAACAAGUACCACAACAACUGCUACCGGGACUCCAUCGCCCUCUGCUUCUUGAACAGUGUCACCAGUUUUGUGGCCGGCUUUGUUGUCUUCUCCAUCUUGGGCUUCAUGUCCCAAGAGCAAGGUGUGCCCAUUGCUGACGUGGCAGAGUCAGGUCCUGGGCUGGCCUUCAUCGCAUUCCCCAAGGCUGUGACCAUGAUGCCCUUGUCCCAGCUAUGGUCCUGCCUCUUCUUCAUCAUGCUAUUAUUCCUAGGCCUGGACAGCCAGUUUGUUUGCAUGGAGUGCCUGGUGACAGCCUUUGUGGACAUGUUCCCCCAGCAGCUCCGGAAGCGUGGGCGGCGCGAGCUGCUGAUCCUUGGCAUCUCAGUUGUGUGCUACCUGGUAGGGCUCUUGCUGGUCACUGAGGGUGGGAUGUACCUCUUCCAGCUCUUUGACUACUAUGCCUGCAGCGGUAUCUGCCUGCUCUUUCUCUCCGUGUUUGAAGUCAUCUGCAUCAGCUGGGUGUACGGGGCAGACCGUUUCUAUGACAACAUUGAGGACAUGAUUGGCUACCGGCCAUGGCCACUGGUGAAGAUCUCCUGGUUCUUCCUGACCCCAGUACUUUGCCUGGCCACCUUCCUCUUCUCCUUGAGCAAGCACACACCACUCACAUACAACAAUGAUUACGUCUACCCUCCCUGGGGGUACUCCAUCGGCUGGUUCUUGGCCUUCUCCUCUAUGGCCUGCGUUCCUCUCUUUAUGGUUAUCACCCUCCUGAAGACACAGGGUUCCUUGAAGAAGCGCCUGUGCCAACUCAUCAUCCCUGACCCCAGCCUGCCACAGCCCAGGCGACCCCUACACCUGGACAACGGCCCUGGACAGGACUGCAGGCCAUUCCCCCAGAAGGAAGGACUCAUCUCGGGGGAGAAGGAGACCGAACUGUAGGAAGGGCGAGUGGCCACGCUCCUGGGCAGGACUACCCUUCUCCAUGGGUAACCUUCAGUCCUCUGCCUCUACCCUGCUGGGACCUCCAGGAGACCCUGGGCCCAGCCAGAGGUCACCUCCCAUCCUUCCCACCGCAGUGGCAGCUGCGUUUGCAUUGACUCGUAUCCUAAGCGCCUGGCUUCUCGGAUGAAAAAACCGAGGACCUGGCAAAAAAGGAACUUUUCCAGUUUGCAUGAGGAGCCUUGGACGCACCUCAGACCUGCUCUCCUUGUGCUUGGGCUGCUGUUCCUUCUUCUCUGCCCCUGCCCCAGUUUAUUAUAAGCACGCACAGAUUGCCGCCGCCACGGGCUCUUCUCUGUCUCACUGCGCAUGUGCUCGGCCCGUCUUGGGGGAGCGAGUCCUUGGACUGGUGCCCCACCUCAAGGUCCCCCUGCUAUUCCAUGCCCGUCCCACCCCGUUUUCUCUCUUGUUCUUAUUGCUUUCCAUCUUCCCUUCCCCAGGGUACUGAGGGUCUCCCACAGAAAGCGGGGCUGUGUUGGGGGGAUUCCUCUGCCUGAGAAGUGGGUCUUUGGUCACAGCAGAUGCCCUGGCUCCUGGAGACCCCUUCUGCCUCCUCUGGCCUGUUCUCUGUACCUGGGUCAUAUUGCUAGGACUAACUAGGGAGGGAAUCACAAGGAAAUUGCUUCUGCCAAGUGCUCCCUGUUGCCAGCCCAAGGUUCCACCAAACCAACCGUGGGGCCAGUGUGGGCUCUCUGCUGCCUCCUAGUGGCAAAGGGAAGCGUGGUGGCAGCCUGCCGCCUGCAGCCCCCCAAAAUAGAAGGGUGCUCUCAUCUGUCCUGUCACUCUGUUCUUAACGAUCCUUGACCCACCUGGCCUCACUGGAGACCUUAACAGCGGCCUGCAGCCUCGCUCCGGCCCACAAAGGAGGCCACACCACCUCUUUGCUAUGCUUGCGCGCCGGCCCAGGCCACUGAGCCUGUCCUCAGUUGCCCCAACAGCCCAGCCUCACUGCCCGUACUGGAUCCCUCCCUCUACCCCUCACCCAGAAUUUACCCCGGACCUCCCCAAUGGCCUCACUCCUUCCCACAGGCCCUCACCCAGUUGCCUCACGGAGGGUGGAGGGUGGAGUCGCUAAGCUGGGCUGAAAGUCCCCUCUGUCUGUCCAUCCAUCCGUCACCUGCUCUGUGGGAUGGGAAGGUGGGGGUCCCCCAGCAGCCAGCCUCCCCGGACCUGCAGCUCCCCGUGCCAGCCCGAGCCCACAGUGUGUUCAUGGUCUGCUCUGGAUAGUUCUGCACACAGCCAGCAUGAGUCCUGCACCCCUCACUGUCAGCAUCUGCAGACACCGCCUCCCCUCAUCCCACGGAUGUCAUCAGCAGUGGAGCUGCAGAAUCCCUGGCUGCCUGUCAGGCACAGGGGCUGUGGGAGGCAUGUGUCUGCCACUCUGCGCCUCCCCAGGAACAGAGGCAACAGACAAGAAAGGGACUUCAGAUGGUGGUGGGAUCCAGUUUGUCGCCAUUCCUAUGAAGGCCUAGACUUUUCACCCACUCAGUACUGAGGGCAUCUGAGUUCAUAACCUGGAGGUAGGGGAAGGGUACAGAACCCUGCCCCAAGCAGGAGGGAAAAGCAGAGGGCAGUGGUCUCGGCAGUGGUCGCACUGGAUGUUUUAUUCAUGGUGGCCCUCUUACUCUCUAGAGCCUUCCAGAAUUCUAGAUUGAGUCCCCUUCUUGUCCAGGCUUGUUCCUGUCCCAGAGAAGGGCCAGAGUGUGGCUGGCUGUAACUUCAAAGCUAGGUCUGAAGUGUCAGGCUAUAGGAGCUCCCAUGUGGCAGUGUGGAUCCCUGGAAGCCAUGGAGAGGCGCACCUGGAGAGACCAAGGCCUCCUGCAUCAAGCAUCACCUACUUGUGUGAGCCAUUAGGAGGGAGACUCCUCUCCUCCAGGUCUCCUUCAGAUCACUCAGGGUGGGGUGAAUGUCUGGCCUGCAGCUCAGUGGAGGCCCUGGCCAGCAAUGCCCUCAGCAGUGGGCCUGAAGGGUAAAAAACAUGCACGUGGGUUUUAGCUAUUUGUUUUUGGAGCAGUUUGUCAGAGCAGUAGAUAACUAAUACUGGCCCUGGGUUUGAGGGUGCAGGAGGAAGUGUCUCUUUGAGGGUAGGGUGGGCCCCAGCUGAGAGGGACGAUUCCCUGGUCUCUUCCUGUCCUAACCCUUUGCCGUUCUCCUCAUUGACCCUUUACGUGAACCCCCAGGGUCUUCCAUGAUGCUCACGUGCUCUCUUCUCCCUGUUCUGUGUCAGGCAAGGGCUGGCUGGCUCUGUCCCUGCUGCCCUUUCUCUCCUCGUGCCUGGCUCCCCAUGACUGAGCCACGUGGCUUCCCUGCAGGGCUGGCUGCUCAGUGAAGGAACAAGGGCUGACUGGAUCUGACAGGGAUGAAAAGCUUGUUAACCACCCAUCGAUACACAGAGGCAGGGGAGGACAUGUGUGCUGGGAGGAUACAGAGCCUGACAGGAGGAGGCCUGGCUGGCAAUGUGGGGCUGGGCACUUCGGUGGCCCGGACCCUGGGUGCUCCAUUUCAGCUUUCUCUGCUCCCAGGCUGAUGACCGGCAGAUCAGGUUGCUCAUCUGGCCUGAGAAGCAAUGUGGUAAGUUAGGGAGAUGAGUACAGAAUUGUUACAGAGAUUGGGGAGCUUGCCCCUGCCAACCUGAGCCCUGGGUAGCCUGGGUAUCCCUCAGGUCAGACCCUACUCCAGCCCUUUGACAAGAAUCCUAAGGUUUUCUUUGCCCACAUCCACCUUCCCAGAAUGUUGAGGGAGCUGCAGUGGAAGGAAGGUCCUGGUCCCCAUGCCGCGCCCCAAAAGCUGCUGCCCAUGGAAUAAUCAAAAGUGGCUGUGCCAUGCCUGGCCUAAGUUAGUCCUCCAGGAGAGCGGGUGACAUUUGGAUCUGCCAUGGAGAGAAGGGUCCCAAGGCAAGGACAGGAACCGCCAGCACAGACUGGGGAGGGAGCCACUGUCAGGGCACCUGGUCUCCCUGUUUGUCCAUGGCCUCUUUCUCUGUACUGAGGUCAUGUUUUGGGCUUUUUUGGUCUUGAUUCUUUUAGGCUAUUUGCAUGGACAUUCAGGCUGUCUGAAAUUACUAGCGGUUGUCUUUUCCCACUUACUCCGUUUCUCUCUCUCUCUCUCUCUCUCUCUCUCUCUCUCUCUCUCUCUCUUUUUUCUUGUAGGGCGAGGUAUGGAGUCCAGGGCUUCAUGUGUGCUAAGUGAGUGCUUCAGUUUUGAGUUACACCUUCAGCCCUUUUUAAGAUCUUAGUUUGAGACGGGAUCUUGCCAAGCUGCUCAGGCUGGCUUUGAACUUGAGAUCCUGCUGCCACAGACCCCCACAUAGCUUGAGAGUACAGGUGCGCACCGCCACCCCGGUUGCGAUCACUUUUCCUUAUUCAUUUUGCUGUCUUCCUUUACUAAAGGCUUGGUAGUGGUGGCAGCAGGCCUCUUUCCUAGCUUCAACAGCAGGUCUAACGUUUUACUACUGAGUGUGAUAACUGAUGUAGACUUGUGGUAGACACUAUUUAUUAGGCUGUGAAAUUUUCUUCUGUUCCAUAUUUGCUUUUUUUAAAAAAAAAUCAAGAAUAAGUAUUGAAUUUUAUGAUUGCUUUUUGGCAUCUAUUGAGUUGAUCAUAUUGUUUUUGUUCUUUAAUAUUAAUGUAGUGAAUUUCAUGAAGUUUUUUGUAUUAAAAUAUCUUUUCAUUCCCAGAAAAAACCCAA